AUGGAGCUUGCUGGAUCAGGCCAACUUUCAGUGCUGCGGGGGUUUGACCCUUUAAAGUUGCAUCCGCCAUUGCGGUAUGGACACUCCGUGGCGUUGGUUCCCAACGGCUUCAACGGGCUGGCCUUCUACGACAGUUCGCUCAGCAAAACUCCUGGAGUUCGAGUCUUGGAGCCUGAGGUCGCAAUGCCGUCCAACAUGGAGCUGUGCCAUUGGAUCAUCAUCCCCAAGUUUCAGUAUGAGGCUGCCAAGGCGCUGCGAAAGCUUGUGAAGAAGGGAUCCUGGGAUGGGGGCCAAGGACUUGACCUGCCAUCUCUGCCCAAGAAUGUCUACAAGAUCGAAUAUGCUGUACAAGAGUUUGCUCGCUUGCACAAGAUUCAGAACCUUACAGAGCUGAGGGAAAUGUACAGAUUGUUGAUCGACUUCGAGGAGGAAUCGAAGGCGAACAAAGCAGAGGAGAGGAGGCAGAGAGGAGAGAUCGUGAAAUAUGGCGAUGCGAUUCAGUUUGUGCAUGCCUCUUCAGAAGCAGGAGCCGAGAAGAGUAGCAAAUCACUAGAAUUGCUGCAAAAUGGAUCUGAGAACUCCAUCUUCAUUGUGCUGCCAGCAUACAAGACGUUCGGGCAGGGGGAGCCGGUGAACUCGGGAGAUCUGAUAUGCUUCUUUUCGGAGAAGAAGAUCGUUGGGAAUAUCUGCCGUCUUCAUGUGUCGCAGAAACAAAACAUUGCGAUCGACCCAGAUGAGAGUGAGACCCAAGAAGUUGUGCAUGAGAUGGAUGCUUCAGUACAUGAUGCUGACUCGACCUCCUGGAGAGCCUUGUUAUUCCAGUCAUUUCAGCUGUCCAGCGAAGAAAACAUCAUCAAGUCUGAGGACGUUGUUUGUAUCUACCACAAAGACGGAGAGUCGUACCUUAACUUCGACUCUCAGUUGAACCCAAACCCCUUCUUUCACCUGAGAAGGAAAGUCAAGCCCAUCGACAGGAAGAAAUCGGGAUGGUUAUGGAAGAUCGAGGGGGAGCACAUCUACCUUGGAGGACAAAACAUCGAGUGCGAUGAACGAAAACGUUAUCGACUGAAGCACUUGGUGAGCGGCCUGUACUUGAAGAGCAAUGGGGGGCAUCUAGCAACUACCAAGCAUUGUUCUGAGGGAACUCUUUUUUCCUUCCGGCACUUUGCCAAGGACGUUUCCACCAAGAGCGUGUACACACACUCACUCAUCAUGAUCCAGGGGAAUGGAUGGCUAUCCAUGUCGCAUGGUGAGAGCAUCACAGUCUCGGAGCGAGCCGGGAAGAAGUGCUCGGGGAACAAAGCAAUCACGACCGACCUGGGAGCUCUCAACUCCGAGAGAGACGCGUUUAUUCUCGUUCCUGUUCCCAAGACAUACGAGGAUCUGAUCAAGCAGUUGAAGUCAGAGGUCGCUGUACUUCUGCAAUUCCGCAAUCGUCUUGAGCUCGUAGUGUUUGUCGAAGAAGCAGGAGAUGACAGCGGAGGUCAAGGAGGCUCGCUGUCGGAGGCAGCGGUGAAGGUGGUGGAAAUGUUCAAGCGCCAUCACGCGUCUUUGAUCUCUGCGCUGACAGCGCUGAUCUUGCAAUGCUCGUCAGAUACCGACAUGAACCCCAUGACUCGUGAGGGUCGUCCUCGACCUCUCAUCCAGAAGCUGCUCCGCGAGAUGAACGUCAUAACUCUGUGCUUGGACAUCGCUGAGCUUCCCUUCCAGAAGCUUCUGCCCCUCACAUGGCUCGAGAAGGACAAGUCUGCCAAGGACAUGGUCGUCAUGCUGCGCAUGAUCUACAGACUGAUGAAGCACAUGGUACGCGAGAAUGAGCAGAACGCUCAGCUUGUCUUCGAGCGCAUGGAUGUAAUUAAGAGUCAGCUGGGGAAAGGAGUCUCUGCGACAGUUGCCAUGAAGGAGAUUUUCUACGGAAAGAGGAGGAUCUUAAACCUGAUCCAAGACAGUGAUGUCGCCAAAUUCAUGGAGAUGCUUGAGACCGAGCGCGAUCCCCGACAUGUCGACUUCCUGGCAGCGAUUUGCGCGUGUGGAGAUGAUCCAAUCCCGAAGAACCAAGCUCUCGUCUGUGAGAAACUCUUCAAAGAUUUCUUUUACCUGCUUCCCAAGUAUCGUAUCAACCGCGAAGCAGCUGGAGUUGAGCUGGAAUUCAUGCUGCCUGUUUCUGCACAAUCAGAAAAUGAAGGCCGUUGGAUCAGCAUGUCAAAUUUUCUUGCUGGAACCGUGAGCCCGGGUUCUGUGUCCGACUACGCGUCGAGCAUCAUGAUCUGCCAGUACUUCACGCUGAACAGUGAUGAGAAGAUGUUCAGGUACCUCAUCCGGUGCUGCUCCCUCCUCUCCAACCUCGUGGUUGGUCGCAACCACGUGGCCUUGACGCUGGCGAUGGACAACUUCGGCUUUCCCCUCGACUUUGACAGCCUCUUUGCGGUCAUGACCUCCCCAAGAGUCCCUGCCAUGGUGCGGGCGAGGUUUUCCCAGCUGAUGCUGCGCUUCCACGUUGAUCGGGACCCUCAGUCUUCCAAGCCCCAGAUCUCCUACACGCGGAUCUGGACCGAGUCGUUGAAAGAUGCGGAGGAGCUCAUUAAGGCGUCGCCUGUCCUCGCUGACAGGAAGGAAACAAACUACUCUGAGGACACCCUGGCCAAGUUUCGCAAGUUGACUGACCACCUGCUCCACUCUCUCUGCACCUGGGAAGGCGAGAAACCGUCUGAUGGCGCACGAGGCGAGUGGAAUCUGAGCAUGGCUAGCCAUGGCGAGCUGGACUUGAUCUUGUCCUGGAUCGACUUGUGUGACUGGCUGGUGGACUUUGGAUUCAUUGUGGAGGAUCGAGAUGAGCUGAAGGCAAACUUCAAGGGGAUCGUCCAGCUCUAUGACGGUCUCUUCCGCAUGAUCGGAAGUCGCCACCUGCACGUCAAGAGCGCCGAGAACCGAGAGGAGAUCUUGAGGAUGAAAAUUCGAUCAAAGUGCUUUGAGCUCUUGACUCGUCUCUGCAAUCUCCGCGCCAACUAUCGCUUGACCUGCGCGUUAAAGUGCUGGGAGGAUGUAUUCGAGAAGAUGAGCGCCAGGAAGAUCGUCUUUGACAAGAACCCGCUCAUCGAAUCGUCUUCUCGCCUCUUCAGCUCCUCCCACGGCUCAAGGACAUUCUCGCUGCGGAUGAACCUAUUGGAAACACUGAGGGAGAAGUUCAGACCCUACGCAGACGAGAUCGAGAGGCUGAUGAAGAACAUCUUCAAUAAGAACAUCGUGAGCCCCGAGCGAAUCUCGAGUGACGUCUAUGAGAAAGACAACUUCCAAAACGAUGAGACCAUCUCAGCCGUCCUGUCUGUCAUGAGGCUGGGAGAUGUGGCGCUCACCGAGCAGGCAGUGUCUUUCCUUAUCUCCCACUUGUUUCAGCGGAGCAAGUUCAUCGAGGACUUGAAGCAACUGCAGGUGCUAGUCUACCCCGAGGCUGUCACUGUCUACAACGAGAUCAAGUACAUUAUCGAGAGGUUGACCGACCUCAAGAAGUCUCUCAACUCUGAUGAAGAGAGCGCGUAUGUAGAAGCUGAGAAGCUCCUGAAACAUGUCACUUUCAGCAUCACCCUCUCUUCUCAGAUCCCCAAGGAGAUCGUCGCCAAGAACCAGCGGAUCAUGUUGAAUUGGGAGCUGGACGAGCCUGUGGUUGACCUGCUAAGGUUGACCAUCAACGAGAGUUCUCAACAAAGCGGAGGAGAAGCGAAAGUCGCUAGGAGGAAGAAGCUGUUUCAGCUGUGCUACAACUUUCUUCGUGCUCUUGCUAGCAACCAUCCACCAGCGCAGAAGAAGUUGUUUCCGCUCCUCGGAGUCUUCUUAGAUCACGUAGGCGUUUCAAACUUAAACGUCGCCGACACUCUCCGCGAGAUGGUCAGGAACAAUGCAAGGUUGGCAACACAAGUCCCGGAGCACUUCUUCCGGCACUUUCUGAAUUCCAUCAAACGGCAUGGGAGAAACGCUCGCUGGCUCCGGUUCUUCGACGUCUUUCUCAUCAUCGACAAUGUUCCGCUGAAGCGAAACCAGGACCUGAUCCUCCGGCUGCUCAUGGAGGACAAAGAAGCCAUUCUUGAUCUCACGUGCGACUACAGGCAGUCCAAGGUUCUGCUCAUAUCGGACGAGAGGUAUGGCAAAGAUCGGCUGACGAUGAUGAUGGAGGGAGAGCACAGACGAGAGCUCGGGAGUUUGAUCAAAUAUCACAUCGCCAGCCUUGAGAUCUUGUCGUCUUGCGCCACUGGCAAGAACGUUGGAAACAAAGUCAAGAUACAGCAGGAGGUCUCGUUUGAGGUGGCUUUAGCAAACUUGUUAGAUGUUGAUAAGGGGCCCGAUGGUGUCCGACAGGCGGUAGAUAUCGAGGUGUUGCAAAAUGUGAGAUCAGCCUGGUUGACCUUCAUCACUGAGAUCUACCUUACCUCUGUCGAUAUCCUCGCAAUCAAGCAGAUGCAGAACUCGCGACGAGUUUGGCCCUCCAAGUACUACAAGUCCGUCAUCGCAGCAAGCGAUAGCUCCUAUAACUCCAUUCCCGACGAGAGCGACCAGUCCCUCGCUGAACUCUUUCUCAGCUCCAUAGAGGCGGCUUCGGAACAUGUCACAACGAUCCUGCCAACGAUCUCGGGGGACGACCAAGUGAAGAAGUCGGAGGACAACGAAACCAACGCUCACUUUUCUUACCUUAUCAAAGUUGUUUGCGCGAUGAAAGAAAUGUUCAAAGAGACAGAGAUUUGUCCUGACGAGGUCAUCAAGCAUUCCAUCUGCAAGGAUCUGAAUCAGGAUAUCAGAUCCAAACUAACAGAGCUCAACCGCAAGCUGAUCAGGAUCAGCAGGCUGGAGGAGUCCAGGCAGAUCAUCGAGCUUCUGACGCUGAUGAACGAGCGAGGGGUUCAAGGAGAAGAAUUUGACCUGGCCCCCGAUGACGAGGACGAUGACACAGCGCCCCGGAGCCGCAAGGAGCAGUUCCUGGAGGGCUGGACCAACUUCUACGAGAUGCUCGCUGACAAGUGCGGGUUCAUGGACAGCAGGAAGGAGAUACUUGAGGCCGACGCCCUCAAGGAUUUCGCGAGGACUCUUGUGCAUGGCGUUGUGCGUGACAAGGGAGACUUUGCAGUCAUCCAGCAAUUCUGCCGCGUCCUCGUCUCCAACAAGUGCGAGCAGAGUGUCCAGCUUAGAGGUCUUAAGGUGCUGAGGGCGAUCAUCUACAUGAACCCCGCAAACAAGUCUGUAGGGCAGCAGGAAGUAAGCUUCAAGCCCCUCAUGCACAACGAGGACCCCAGUGACGAGGAGCUUGCGGACCCGUCUUACAUCAGACUGCAGGCGAACCUGAGCAAGUUUGGAGGAGUAAACAUCAUCAUCAACCUUCUCGCCUUCUCCAACGACAGCGACAUCCUGCAAGCUUGCCUCAGUUUCGCCAACGCUCUGCUGCAUGGCGGAAACCCUGACGUGCAGAAGCAGUUUGCAAAGUUCUUCAUGUCGUCGUCGAGCCAGCACCUGUUCGUUCAGAUCAACAAGAUAUUUCAGGAUGCGGUCGAGGGCCUCAAGGAUGUCCGAAAGCGAGCGAAGCAAGAGAACGCAGAACGAAUGCUGUCUCGCAAGUCGAUGAGAGGGAGAAGCAAAAGCGCAGUCUCGCAAGCUUUUGGAGAGUCACAGAUGCUCAUCACAGAGGUGAUGAAGAUGAUUCGAAGGUUGUGCAUGGGACAAAACAAGAAAUUGCAAGACAUCUUCAGAUUGCAGAGCUUGAAUAAGAUAUCUUACAAUUUCCUUGACGAAGCGAUCAAAUAUCAGAUCGUGCUUGAACCUGAGCUGAAAGAUGCCCUUCAGAAAGGAGACUUUGUGCUGGUCGAGGCGGCGAUUCGCGGUUUUCUUAUGCUGGCAGACACCAUGCACGGACCUAACUAUCCCAACCAAGAGUCCAUCGCCAUCGCUGACUUCUUCGACCUCUGCGAUAGAAUCCUCCACAAGAUCAGGUUUGAAGAAAUCGACAAGCAGACCCUUGUGGCGAGAAGGAAAAGCUUAGCCCAGGUGAUGCCCGACGAAGUGACAGAGGAGGAGAGGAACGCGGUGCGAUCAAGGCUGAAACUCGCGGUUGUGUCGUGUUCCUUCGCUCUGCUGGAAGGCGUACAAGGAGAGAUGCUUCCUCAGCGGAUGAUCACAACAGUCUCCUGGGCUGCAAUGGUGUUUCAGAUGAACUCUUGCUAUGAGCUGCAUGACAAAAAGAUCGGAAUAUCGUCGGAAGCUAUCAUCAGGGAGGGCGCGCUCUACUACUUUGUCAUGCGGUUUGUGAUCGAGUACGAUCAGACUGGAACCAUUCAAUCCGCGCUCGUGUCUGCUCCUUCUGCCGUCAGGUUCUAUGAGCAGAGGACCGCGUACGUGGAGAUCCAGCGAGAAGGGCGGCUGGAGCGAAUUUACUAUCAGCUGCCGGACAAGUGUGUGGCAGGGGGAGCGCUGGACAAGGAGUAUGCGGAGAUGUACGAGACUGAAAGAGAAGACCCCGACAAGAAGAAUCAAGGCUUCCUCAAGAACCUCUGCAAGAUCGUUGCUCGAGAGGAAUUUCAGUCACGUCUGCGAAGAACUUGGUUCGGGUUCGCCAUCGACCGCUGGAGCCUUAUCUGCAGGAUAUCCUACCUGUGGGUCUUGUUGCUGCAUGCGAUGAUGGUACUGGGGAGUUACCCGCCCAACACAAGCUUGUCAGGCUUGUCCUCUCGCCAGCUUUUCCAGAAUCUGUCAAGCCUUUCCAGCGCAACAACCAACGACAAGUACUUCUAUCGGACUGUUGUUCCAUCUGUGCAAGAGAUCUCGAUGUACAUGUGUCGAAUCAAUCUGCUGAUCUGCUCGAUCCGGUAUUUCUCAUUCAUGAUCGCUCAUGUUCCAGUCAUCAUCAUGGAGAUGCGAGAGAACGAUAAGGAUGUCAAAGAUUCGGGAUCGCUCGCUAGCUAUCUUGAGGCGACCCCGGACGGCGAGCAGGAGGAGGAGGAGGAGGAGGAUGGAGAGGAAGCGGAAGCGGAAGAGGAAGCGAGUGAGACCAUACAACAUUUACAGCCUGCUACCAAACAUCGGAGGGCUUGGUCGAGAAUUACAAAGAGAAUUCCUCGUUCAAGCUAUCAAGAUCUCGUCUCUGUGCUGACAUCCAGCACCUUCAUCUAUGAAACCGCCUUCUUCGCUUGUGGUCUGACUGCGGCCAUCACUAACGGACCGCUCUUCACCAUCUUUGCCUUCUUCGAGGUAUUCUACUUCAACUCUUCCAAGACUGUUGUGGACGCCAUGAAGUUCAAGGCGGUGGAGAUGUUCAACACCUUUAUCAUCGGACUAGUUUUCAUGUACAUCUGGAUGGUGUUGGGAAUGAUUGCCUUCGAAGACAUACAUCAAGACGGAGAUGGCAACUACAUCUGUGUGAACAUGUUUCAGUGCUUCAUGGCUUAUUUCUUCAUUGCAAUGCGAGGAGAUGGUAUCCGGGAUGUCACGACCAGCCCGACAUUUCCAUCAAACAUUGUUGACGCAGUAUCAUCUCCGUCUUUCUUCCUCUUCAGAGUCGUCUGGGAUCUUCUCUAUCAGUGGCUCUUCAUCUACGUGCUGCUUGCCAUCAUCACCGGAAUCGUCAUCGAUGCCUUCAGCGGGCUGAGAGACAAGCGUGAGACUGCAGAGAACGAUCUCAAGUCCACAUGCUUCAUCUGCAACCUCGAACGAUUUCAGAUUGACCAGAACGGAAGCGGUUUCGAGAAGCACGUCCUUCAAGAGCACAACCCUCGCUGGUAUCUCUUCUUCCUGCUCUAUAUCAAGUCCAAGGCAAACUCAUACCUAACGGGACAAGAGAAGUUCAUCAAGAGCCAGGUCUGGCCCGCUGAAGGACCUCUCCGCUACGACUGGCUCCCCAGCGUAUCCAUCAUCGCUAACGGGGCUGGUCAGGGAGAGGACAUUCAAGAUGAAGCAAGAAAAUGCUGGAGACGAUACUCUCACAUCGAUCCAGCAAAGAAUCGCGUCCUUGGAGUCUAG